UUAUUCGUUGGACGGGGCUGCAAUGAACUUGAGUGAAGUGGAGGGGUCGUUCAAUCAGCAAUUAUUGAACAUUGCAGAUCACCUACACGCUGUUGGCGCUAAGGAGAGUAUAUAACCAGGACUGGCGGAGCAGGUCGUAGUUGGUAAUGGAAGUUGAAGCCAUGGGCAGGCCAACUGAUUGUGAGACGAAUAGCGGCCUUGGAAUGCGGUCAUGGCUGAUUGUGGUAGCUGGAUUUGUGAUCAAUGGUCUGAUGUUCGGAACAAUUAACUCCUACAGUGUAAUAUACUUUGAGCUUCAAAGAGUUUUAAAAGAGUCUGGCACCAUACACGCAUCAUAUAAGGCUUCCCUCAUUGGAUCAUUAUCUGUUGGGACAACCCUAGCCUUUUCGCCCGUGGCCGUAAUUUUAGUCGACAAGCUGGGACAUCGAGUCACCGCAUUGAUCGGCGCUUUCUUUGCAAUUUUAGGGAUGUUUUCAUCUUCCUACUUAACAGAAUGCGUUGAGGCGCUGUAUUUAACGUACGGAGUUUUAUUUGGACUCGGCGUGUCACUGGCCUUCACCCCUGCCUUGGCCAUUCUCGGACUGCAUUUCAAAGAAAACCUGGGCAUCGUCAGUGGCUUCGUAAACACCGGCAGCGCCGUAUUCACCAUCGCCAUCCCUCCGAUCCUGAAGUCAAUGAUUAACGACCUAGGACUGAAUUGGGCGCUGCGAAUAGCUUCUUUUUGCAUGCUGCUCAUUCCUGUGGUCGCGAUGGCGUUGAAGCCUCCAGCCAAGAGAGAAGAGAGCAGUUUUCCACCAGAACAGAACAAGCGGCCGCUAUUUAACCUUGAAAUUUGGAAAAGCAAAAAAUUCAUCAUAUGGGCGAUUGGUGCUCCAUUCUCCCUCUUUGGCUACUUAGUGGCUUUCGUGCACAUUGUGAAAUUUGCUUCAAUCAAUUUCCCAGACCACGAUGGGAAAAUCCUAGUCAUGUGCAUUGGUCUAGCAACCGCUUUCGGCAGAGUUUUCUUUGGAGUCAUGUCGGACGUCAAAAGUAUUGAGAAGAUAUUGCUGCAGCAGAUCUCAUUUUUCGCGAUCGGCCUGCUGACCAUUCUGCUUGUGUAUGCUUCUUCUUGGACAGUAAUGAUAUUCAUCGCGUUUGGACUGGGCUUCUUCGACGGCUGUUUCAUGAGUCUCGUUGGUCCGAUUGCGUAUGACAUGUUCGCGCCUGAAGACGCGUCGCAAGCAAUCGGCUUUCUGCUUGGCUUAUGUUCUAUUCCUUUGACCGUCGGACCCCCCGUAGCUGGUAUGCUUUUUGACCAGUCUCAAUCGUACAACUUGCCCUUUUUCGUGGCCGGUGUACCAACUAUUGUGGGAUCGCUAAUACUAUUUGCUGUUAGGUGCGUCAAACAUUAAAUGAUCUCUCUAAGAAACGCAAUAAUUGCAAGAACACAUUCCAAAUUU